AUGCCUGAAGUUCCCUGUUCCGUGAUGCAAAUAGUCACACCAUAUGCUAAUGGGUAUCAGAAGCUCCUACCAGUUGCUAUCAAGUAUAAAAACCUCUUGACCUUCUUUCUUGCUAUUGAAGAAAUUAACCACGAUCCUCGUAUUCUCCCUAACAUCACGCUGGGAUACCACGUGUAUGAUUCAUGCUCCAGCGGAAUGAAGGCUGUGAAUAGUAUCCUACGGAUCUUAUCUGGACCAGGAAAGCCUGUUCCUAAUUACUCCUGCACUGAAGGAGGAAAGCUGGCUGGCGUUAUCGGAGAUGAGAAUUCUGUUACAACUAUACAAAUGGCCCAAAUACUGAGGCUUUAUGGAUACUCACAAAUUAGCUAUGGAGCCACCAGUUUGAUUCUAAGUGACAGAAAUGUUUACCCAACCUUUUUCCGGACUCUGCAAAAUAAUCAAGCUAACUAUUCUGUGUUAUCCAAGCUACUGAAAUACUUUGGCUGGACCUGGGUUGGGAUAUUUGCUUCUGAUGAUGACAUGGGAGAGGAAGAAACACACGUUUUGCAAAACAAUUUGUUGACUGAUGGAAUCUGUGUGCCAUUUAUAAUAAAAGUAAAUGAUAACUUAAUUAAUGCUUAUGGUUUUGAUAAAAGAAACUAUGGCAGUAUUAAAAGCUCGGAUGCCCAGGUUAUUGUUAUUACCGGAUCACUGUCUUCAUAUGCAAUAUUUAUGUUCAUCAACUAUCUAAAACUUGUCAAAUAUAAGACAUUUAUCCUUGGUCCCACUUGGGCCUUAAACCAUUUUUUUUAUUUUGACCGUUUUAUAUUUAAUGGCAGUUUAGCUCUUGAAUUCAUUGUGGAAAAUAUUCCAAAACUUCAAGGGGUUAUUGAGAAUAUUCAUCCCAUAAAAUACCCAAAGGACAUGUUACUUGAUCAUAUUUGGAUGUAUUACUUUCAUUGUUACUCCCGUUACCCUGAAAAUACUGAUUUUUACAUGUUUGUUUUUCACUUCAAUCUUCAUAACUGUACAGAGAAGAUUCGUAUCUCGGAUAUUCCUAAUGUUCACUACAAUGGACACACUCCUCAUAUGAAUCAGGCAGUAAAAGCCAUAGUUAAAGCAUUAAAUAAUAUGCACUUCGCCCUGAAUACUCAUUCAAAAGGAAAGAAUACUCAGAUCUCCAAUUACAAGUAUCAGCUACAUCACUAUUUAAGACAAUUAGAUGUUAUGGAUAAACCUGGUGUACACCGAUUUUUCAACGACAAAGGAGAAACUGUCUCUGGGUAUCGCAUUAUGAACUGGAAAAGUUUCAUAAAUGGUUCUACCAGGAUUGAGAAAGUUGGUUCCUAUGACCCGUGGGCACCUAGUGAUCAGCAACUGUCCAUGGAAUCAAAGCUAAUAACAUGGAAGAAUGAUCAGACACCAAACGCAACAGCCCACUGCUCCUUCCUCUUACUGGUCACUGGAGCAAGACACUGGUUCUACCUACUCUCUUGCAUCCCUGUGAUACUUUCUGGGAGCUGGAAGAAAGUGAAGUUUAAUCACUUCAUCCCAGCACAACACGUUUUGGAGAACAGCCAGCUUUGUCAUGGGUGGAAUUUGGAUAGUAAAAGUUGCUUCAAAUGUCCAGACACUGAAUGGCCCAAUACGAGGAGAGAUAAAUGCAUUCCUAAGCAGAUAGAAAUCCUGUCUAUUCAGGGUGAUUGGAUCGCUAUGGUGCUAGUGGCAUUGUCAGUUGUAUUCUUUCUUAAGACUGCUGUGAUAUUUCGAAUAUUUACAACUUAUCAAGAUACAGCUAUUGUUAAAGCAAACAACCAAAAUCUCAGCUACAUCCUCCUGGUCUCCAUCAUGAUGAGCUUCCUGUGUGUGUUUCUGUUCCUCGGUCAUCCUUCUAAUAUAAUAUGCAUGCUUCGUCAGACCUGUGUUGGAGUCAUCUAUUCUAUAGCCAUGUCUUCUAUAUUGGCCAAGACGAUCAUAGUGUGCAUCGCUUUUAAAGUGUCAAAACCUGGCAGUACAUGGAGAAAAUGGUUUGGACCCAAAUUGCAGAAUUCUGUAGUGUUGUUGUGCUCAUCUGUUCAAGUUCUAAUAUGUCUUAUAUGGCUGGCUAUAUCUCCACCCUAUCAGGAGGUGGACUUACACUCUUACCAAGAAAAGAUCAUUGUUCAAUGUAAUGAAGGACUGGUCACUGCUUUCUAUUCUAUAUUGGGUUACAUGGGAAUUUUGGCUGGUAUGAGCUUCGUUCUGGCUUUCAUGGUGAGGACAUUACCAGACAGCUUUAAUGAGGCCAAGCACAUCACCUUCAGCAUGCUGGUGUUCUGCAGUGUUUGGAUUGCAAUGAUCCCAGCCUAUUUAAGCACCAAAGGGAAGGACAUGGUGGCUGUAGAGAUAUUUGCCAUAAUUACAUCAACUACAGUACCACACACCAAUGGAAAGGAUGAGGAAGCAUUCCUGAAAGUCCCACUGGUCGAGCGGUGGCCAGACCCAAGAUAUCGGAUUUCUACUCUCCCAGUCCUCCAGGCCCAAAAUGGUGGAUCUGCUACCAGACUUACCUCAAGUCCACGUUGGACUCAGGGGACCUGGAGCCCACAGAGCACCUGCAACAAAUAUGUAGCAGCAAAACAUUCCAUCAGUGCACAUCCGACCCAGAGUGGGCCACAAAAACAUUUUACUGUAGAGGACCACAGACCAAGUGCUCUCAAGUAUAAAAGCCUCUUAACCUUCUUUAUUGCUAUUGAAGACUUAAACCACAAUCCAUAUAUUCUCCCUAAUAUCACUCUGGGAUAUCACGUGUAUGACUCAUGCUCCAAUGAAAUGAAGGCUGUGAAGAGUGUCUUACAGAUCUUAUCUGGACCAGGAAAGCCUGUACCGAAUUACUCCUGCACUGAAGGAGGGAAGCUGGCUGGAGUUAUUGGAGAUCAGACUUCUAUUACAACUAUACCAAUAGCCCAAAUACUGGGGCUUUAUGGAUACUCACAAAAAUUUAAUCAACUAUGCAUUCUGGUGCGUUCUGGACUGAGAUAUGUUGACAGCGAUCUUGUGAAGGAUUUUAGACUGGAUGAAGAUUUGAUUGUGAUUGUGAGGUUUUCCAUAAUUGUGGUCCUUUAUGAAAAAUGA